CGACUAAGAAACUUGAAACAACUGUACCUCGACAGCAACAGUCUUUCUGGAUCCAUACCUGACUCUAUUGGAAAUAUCACCGGACUAGACCAAUUGACGCUUAGUGCAAACAGAUUAUCUUCAACAAUUCCUGAAAGUGUUUGGGGUCUGACUCGUCUACUCUACUUAAAUCUGUCACAGAACCUUCUCUCUGGAUUUCUACCUUCAGCAUUGUGGAAUAUUAAGGACUUGAACACAUUUGACGUGUCAAGAAAUCGGCUAUCGGGUAACCUUCCAAGCGCUUUAAAGUAUCUCGAAAUCAAUACGUUGUACCUAUCAAAUAACUCAUUUGAUGGCCACAUUCCUGAAUCAUUUGGGGAUCUUUUUAAUCUCGAGGGUUUGGACCUUUCUUGCAAUAACCUCUCAGGUUUCAUACCCGAGUCCUUGGUCAAUCUCCAACACCUCAACAUCCUAAACUUAUCUUUCAACAUGUUGGAAGGAAAGGUUCCAAAUGUUGGUGCCUUUAUGAAUGCCAGCAUCGUGUCUCUGGAAGGAAAUGCGGCAUUAUGUGGAGCACCCAGAUUUGGCUUUCCAUCUUGCAACAUAAAUGAUUCCACAGUUUCUAAUUCAUGGAGGCAUUUGUUACGAUAUAUCCUCCCUGUUGGGGCGGAAUCACGCCCACCGCCUCGGAAGCGAUAUGUCCUGAGAGAGAGCCCUGACUUUUGUUUUCACAAAAGUACAAGUCAAACUCGAUAUCUGUGUUUCGCAAAGGAAAACCCAGACUCAGUAGCGAAAUAUCUCAGCGAAGUGAGAUAUCCACUCUUCCUCUCAUCAGUGCAAGGACUGAACUAUCGAGGGCACCUGCAAGUAAACAAAUAG